AUGAACGACCCUCUUCGCCUCUCGUCGUCCGUCGACACGGACAAGGGGUCGCCCUCUCUCGACGACGCCAAGCCGACCGCCCAGGCCGUCCAGGUCGACGGCGACAAGGAGGUCGAGCGCCUGCGCAACGUCGAGAAGCACUCGUCCAAGUGGACCAUCCUCGCCGCCGGCGCCGGCUUGAUCUCGGACGGCCUCCAGAACAACAUCAUGACCCUGACGAACGUCAUCUUCGGUCAGCUCUACGGCAAGGCGUACACGUCCGCCUACUCGACCCAGGUCAGCAACGCCCUCACGGUCGGCACCAUCCUCGGCCAGAUCUCGAUUGGCAUGGUGUGCGACAUCUACGGCCGCAAGGCGGGCAUCUUGAUCUCGACUUUCAGCAUCGUCGCCGGCAUCAUCAUCGUCACGGCGGCUCACGGCGCUCACGGCUCGUUCGCCGGCUUCAUCUGGUGCAUGACCGUCGGUCGAGGUCUCACGGGCAUCGGCGUCGGCGGCGAGUACCCGUCUGGCUCUGCGAGUGCGGCCGAGGCGGCCAACGAGAAGAUGCAGAAGUCGCGAGGCCCAAUCUUCAUCUUGGUCACGAAUCUCGUCCUGUCGUUCGGCACCAUCUUUGCCUGCAUCCUGUACCUCAUCGUCUACUCGGCCGCCGGCGGCGACGACGCCAACUACUCGACCGUCUGGCGCACCGUCUUUGGCAUCUCGGUCCUCCCGCCGCUCGUCGUCCUCCUCUUCCGCUUGCGCAUGGUCAACAGCAAGCUGUACCGCGACGGCGCCAUCCAGCGAGGCCCGCCGCUCCUCCUGACCCUCAAGUUCUACUGGCGCUCCCUCAUCGGAACGUGCGGCGCCUGGUUCUUGUACGACUUUGUCACGUUCCCCAACGGCGUCUUUUCCGGCACGAUCAUCGCCCAGAUCGUCAAGGUGACGGGGCACGAGAAGUUCCGCAAGACGGCCGAGUACCAGCUCCUCCUCGGCACCAUCGCCCUUCCCGGCUGCCUCGUUGGCGCCCUCAUCGUCAAUCGUCUCGGGCGGCGCAACCUCAUGAUCCUCGGCUUCACGGGCUACCUCGUCAUCGGCCUGAGCGUCGGGCUCGCCUACGACAAGCUCCUGAAGACGGUGCCGGCCUUCGUCGUCCUCUACGGCCUCAUGCAGUCGUUCGGCAAUCUGGGACCGGGCAACGUCUUGGGCCUGAGCUCGGCGGAGAGCUAUGCGACGCCAGUCCGAGGCACUCUCUACGGUAUCUCGGCUGCCAUUGGCAAGGUCGGCGCAGUCGCAGGGACGCAGAGUUUCACGCCCAUCCGCGACAACCUGGGCGCCAAGUGGACCUUCAUUGUCGCUGCCAUCUGCGGCGUGCUCGGCGUCCUCGUGACGUACUUCUUCAUCCGCCAAGACCUCGACGGCGACCUCAGCGACGAGGACGCCAAGUUUGCGGCGUACCUCAAGGCGAACGGGUGGGACGGCGCCAUGGGCGUGCAGGGCAAGGAGGCGCUCAUUGACCGAGAGGAGGCGGUCACGGUCGGAAAGGCGCACGAGUGAGGGCUUUCGGGGUUCGAGGACGUGGCACUGUAGACUGCCAUACGAAGCAUGCUUCCGUGCUGCUC